AUGGACCGAGAAGUCGAGUGUAUUUGCUGUCACGAGGUCAAUAAAAUCCUACAGAAAAACCAGUUCGUUUCUAAAGAAGAAAAUCUGAUGAUCAAUUGUAUUAUUGACAAUCCUGGGUUUAAAUCUGUUUGCCUUGAUCGAUGGGUACUGGAGGCAGCUUGGUAUCAAUACCGACAACAAUACGGAAACGACAACAACAUACCUGAACAUAAACGAAAUAGACACAUCGCUUAUAGACAGUUGGUUCGAUGGUGCUGGGGAGUGUUAGGGAAGGAUAAACGAGUGGUGUUGCCCUCAUGUGCUGUCAUGUGCAUUCGUGCACAUUUCCCUCCUCCUGGUCUUGAGGAAGAUUUUCAGUUUGUUGGGUUCCAUUAUGCUGAUGAUUAA